UGCUUCUACAAUCCCAUGUGGCGCGAAUCGCAUCCGACGCUGUCAGCGUCGCAAUCGUAUCCUAUGGCUCACGGAAUACGUGGUCUACAAAUAUACAUAUCCGUCCCAGCCUCACCACAAACUCCUGGCAUCCGAAUCCGUUUUUCGGCCGCCUUUCGUCGCACCCCCGGUACCAACGGCUCAAUCGAACACCAAGCCUAACAAGCUACCUCCGGAGAAAUACACGCACUGUACUGCCAAGGUCCGUUCCUUGGAAAAACGACGGGAUGCUAAAACGAUUAUUCGGCUGCUUUGGUAUCGGAAAAAGCGAGCGGGAGGCCAGUCAACCAGCACCGAUUAGUCGCAGGCGACGGGAGCGUGCACGGUCGACAGAUGCCGCCUACUCAACCAGCGAUAACGCGGCCGGGAGUCCAAGGGUGAAACAGCCCGGCAGCCCAAAGGCAAAAUCUUCAGCCGGCAGCCCAAGGGUAUCGGCGCCGCCUCCUUACCAGAGGCAAACACCACGGUCUCCCCGGCAACCAGCGACACCGCCUGUCGGACCUCCUCCGGCAACACCUUACCGGUCCAGAAAACGCGCCUGGAAGGAUCGGCGUAGGAGUGCCGACCGCGGUGUGCCCCGCGAAUCGAAUCGGCAACGGCCGAAAACUGCGGCGACCGGAGGCGAUACACGAGCCCAGGCGGGGAACGGACAACAGCCCGUCGCGCCGGCAGUCAUCGAGACCGAAGACCAGUCACUAUGGGGCAGGGCCAUGGGGGGGCUGACUCCGAAGCAGCAGCGCUUGCUCACAAGUGUCAGCAUCGCGACGAACAACCGCCAGAUCGCGACCGACGUGCGAACCGUAAUCGCGGAAAUCGUGAAGAGCCGCAACGAAAAGGAAUGGAAUAUUUCGUUCAUGGGAAAGACAAUCCACAUGAAAGAAAUCGGUAUGCGAAUCCUCCAAUGGGCCGACAGGUUCAAGAAUAUCGGCACCAUCAUCGCCCAAUAUGACCCCGUACACGCUGCCUUGCCAUGGGCCGGAUUUCGAUUCUUGCUGCAGGCCUGUUUGGAAAGGCGGCAGGCAUUGGAUGCGAUAUUGAUUGGGAUAGAGAAGACCGCCGGCAUCAUGGAUCGCUGUGCCGUGUACGAACACGUCCACCUCGAUUCCAACGAAGCAACAGCGGCCUCGCGAAACCUGGAAAAUUCAAUGUUCCAGCUCUACACGGAAAUAUUGGUAUUCCUUACCAACGCCAUAAAGAGAUCGAAUGAUGGCCACUUCAAGGCUAUAUUCUCAACGGACCAGAUUGCGGAUUACUUUAAGACUGUCGAGGACCUGAACCACGCGGUUGCACUCAAUGCUGAUGCUGCCGGAACGCAAGAUACACUAUCUAGAUAUAAUCAGUUUACAAGGUCUUUAGAUAGCAUACAGCGAGGGCUAGAAGGAGGGCCGACAUUCUGGAAUGGAUAUCUGACAUUCCGUACACGGCCCAUCACAAGCGCAUCAGCGAGAGCCGACUACAAAAAACAUGCGAGUGGCUGUUCCUAAAGGACGAAUACCGCGAAUGGACGUCUUCAAACUUUUCGCAUCUGUUAUUGCUGCGAGGAACUCCUGGAGCCGGCAAAUCAUACGUCGCCUCGAGAUUCAUCGAUACUUUCCAUGAAAAAUGGACACCGGGAAAGCUGGCGUACUUCUACUGCGACCAAACCUCGGAAAAGCGUCAAGAUCCCGAGAAUAUUCUGCACGCACUCAUUCAGCAGCUCGC